CCCCAACCCACGUGAUAUGAGCAACUUUGAGCAAGAAAUCAACACGAUGCGCACGUACGACGUACUGCGUUGGAGCGACAAAAAUCGUGGGACUAGGUGCACGUCGCCGAACCUCCAGCCGCUGCUCGCAGUCCUCGACAAUGGCUCUCGAACGCCGCACGUCGUGCAGCCGCGAACGUUUGUGUACAGCCCGACGAUGGUCAUGGAGUACAUGGAGCUCGGGGACUUGCACGAGUCCCUCCAGUUCAAGCGAUUUGGGGUGCCCGUGGAGAUGGAGCUCUCGACGAUCGAGGUUGCGCUGGUGCUGGCGUUGGCGCUGGCUGACCUCCACCGUCGCAACGUGAUUCAUCGCGACGUCAAGAGCCUCAACAUCUUUCUCUCGCGAACCCACUACGUCCGGCUCGGUGACCUUGGCUCGGCGCGCACCCUCGACCCAAACGCUCCCAUGACAUCCAACACUGGCACGUCGUACUGGAUGGCGCCGGAAGUGCUGCGGGUGCCAGAUCUGGGGGGAAAAGGUCGCGCGUACACGACGGCCGCCGACAUUUACUCGUUCGGCGUCGUCUUGACCGAACUCGAUACGCUCUGUGAACCGUACUCAGAUAUGGUCAACCGCAGCGGUGUCGAAGCCAAGGUUCGGUCGGGGCAGCUGCGUCCAACGAUGAGUGCGGCAUGCCCGCUUUGGCUCAAGAACCUCGCCGACAAGUGUCUGUCGUUCAACCCAACGACGCGCCCGACAGCUGCGGCCAUCGUCAAAGAGCUUUUGCUGCGCCGCGACGGCGGCGCCGACGCGCCGAUCCUGGACAAGAAGGCAGCAACCAGCGCCGUGGGCCUGCGGACGAUUUCCGAAUAAACGCCAACGAGGUCGCGUAAGGCGUUGUCCAUCAUCAUAUCGAGCAUAUUGCAUUGUGUCGGAGUUUGAACCAAUGGAUUUUGCAUGUUUCCACCA